AAAUGUAACUCUCAGUAGCUCGCUUAUUGCCAGACGAUUACGUUUAUUUUGUGAACAAAAACUGAAAAUUUGUAACCAAAUAUUUGUGAUAGAGGACGAAGCAUUCUGGAAAAUGGUUACAUAUUUUUACUAUAUUUUCAUACUACCUCUAAUAUUAAAAAUUUGGAAUGUUUUAACUUUAGGAAAAUUCAAUAGUAGCAAACGAUUAGAUGGGCAAGUCGCAAUCGUAACUGGUGCAACUGGAGGAAUAGGCUAUUUUACAGCUUUAGAUCUUGCUAAAAGAGGAGCAAAAGUUAUUAUAGCAUGUCGAAAUCUCAUAAAGGCCAAUGAGGUUAAAGACCAAAUCGUGAAAUUAUCUGGUAACGAAAAUGUGGUGGUGAAACACUUGGAUCUAUCAUCAUUAAAAAGUGUUCGAAAUUUCGCUAAGGAAAUAAAUGCAAGUGAGAAUCGUUUAGAUAUACUCCUGAACAAUGCAGGUGCUGGUGAACAGUCAAAUCAAAAAUCAGAAGACGGGCUUGAAUUAACAUUGCAAGUUAAUGUUUAUGGACCUUUUUUGCUGACGAACUUACUAAUCGACUUAUUAAAAAAAUCAGCACCUAGUCGAAUUAUACAUGUAUCCUCUAUUUUGCACAGAAUUGGACGAUUAGAUUUUAACAAUAUGAAUUGUGAAAAAGGAAGCUCUCAGAUAAUUCUUUAUUGUCAUAGUAAAUUAUACUUGACAAUAGCCAGCAAUGAAAUGGCAAGACGUCUAGAAGGCACUGGUGUAACUUCGAAUAGCCUACAUCCUGGUCUUGUCAGAACUGAAAUUACCCGGCAUACAUUUUUUCCUCUUAGACAUGUCACGAAUAUAAUACUUAAAUUAUUUUUCAAGAACGCUGAGGAAGGAGCUCAAACAUCAAUUUAUUUAGCAGUGAGUGACGAUGUGACCAAAAUAUCCGGAAAAUAUUUUUCCGAUUGUGAGGAAGCGACUGCAGCAGGAAUCACGCAUGACCCAGAAAUUGGAAAGAAGUUUUGGGAGAAAUGUUGCACAAUUGUGGGCCUCAAACCAGAAGAGAGGCUUAUUUAA